UGAGAUCAUUUCCUUCUUCUUUGUCGCAUGCUUUUCUGACGAGCUGAGAAUAAAAGAAGAUAAAAUGAAUCAAGAAAAACUGGCUAAACUUCAAGCCCAAGUCCGAAUAGGGGGCAAGGGAACAGCACGUCGAAAGAAGAAGGUCGUCCACAGAACGGCAACAGCAGAUGACAAAAAACUUCAGAGCUCAUUAAAGAAACUUGCUGUUAAUAACAUUGCUGGAAUUGAGGAGGUGAACAUGAUUAAGGAUGAUGGCACAGUUAUCCACUUUAACAACCCCAAAGUGCAGGCAUCUCUGUCAGCAAACACAUUUGCCAUCACAGGCCAUGCAGAGACCAAGCAGCUGACAGAGAUGCUCCCUGGAAUUCUGAGCCAACUUGGAGCAGACAGUCUUACGAGUCUGCGCAAACUUGCUGAGCAGUUCCCCAGACAAGUUCUUGAAAACAAAGCUCCCAAAGCAGAAGACAUUGAUGAGGAGGAUGAUGAUGUCCCAGAUCUGGUAGAGAACUUUGACGAAGCAUCAAAAAAUGAAGCAAACUGAUACCUGCAAAGCAUUAACUUGAACUGCACUUCAGAAGGCGUGUUGCAGUAUUUUAAAAUUAGAUAACAAACAUAUCAUUUCAACACUAUUCAGCAAGCCAGAGACUUUUGUAUUUUAAAUUGGCAUCAACCAGUCCAGUCUCUUGCACCUAAACCAGGUGAUAUCUAUUAUGGAAUACGGUUCUGAAUGAAUGCCACACAUUUACUGCUUAAUCAUGACUGGUAUGUGGACAGAAAACUAGUCUUAAUUAUUUUUUGUCAAUGAAAUAAUAAAUAUUAAAAAAUC